AUGACUACAUCACUAUCAACAACACCAUUAAUUGAUCAAGAAUAUUUACCAUUUUAUUUUACAAUCACAUCAGAAAAAGAAUCUGAAUUAAUAAUCGAUCAAGGAAUUGGAGAAGAAAGUUACAGCAGCAUUUUUCCAUUGAUGGGAUUUUUUGAUCAAAAUGAUGAACAACAACAACAACAUUUUAAAGAAAACAAUUCUCCUUCCUUCUUUAUUCCACAAUUUCAAGAUGAUCAACAACAACAAAAUUUAAUAAAUGCUUUGGCCUUUAGUUUUGACAAUGACAAUAACAACAAUCAAGAUGAAAAUUCCAUCAAUGAAUUGCCACUAUUUUCUUACAC